AAAACAACAAAAUAAAAAGAACUUUUCAAAAAUCAUUUUUCAAAAGUGUUUGCUGCACUUCGUUCGUGUUGUGCCUAUGUGUGUGUGUGUAUCUUUGAGUGUGUGUGUGUGUGUUGUUCGUGUGUCUUCUUGGAGCUCUUCUUACAAUUAACAUAAAUCAAAACACAGUGGUGUGACAUCACAAAUCGAACGCGACUGCCAAUCGGAAGAGCAGCAGUGUAAUUGCAAAGUCAACAAAAGAACAAACGCAAAAUAUAAGGAAAACCAACAGAGAACGAGAAAGCAACAAACUGCUAAAAAUGCAUGAAAACUGGAGUCAAAGCUGGGGCUGGACCUUGUUGCUCAUAUCAAUGGCAUUGCUGUUGGCAUUGGCCAGGUCAGAGGAAUGCGGCCAGGAGGAGUUCACCAAGUGCGCCGAACCACUUGAUAUGCUGCAUUUAACAAAAGAAUUUUCAAUGGGUCCAGCCAAGAAGGAGGAACUGGAUAAACUUUGUCACGAGUUGCGUAAGGGUGUCCGAUGUAUUCAAAGUUAUACGCGUCGCUGCAUGGAUUUGCAGCAGAGGAAUCAAUUCAAUAAACUCUACCAUGGCACCAAUCAGUUCAUUCGUGAUCUCUGCAACAAGGGUGAAUUUCAAGAGGAGUAUCUAAAGCAUGCUGCCUGCUCGGAAAUGGCCAAAAAGCAAUUUGAAGUUUGUGCCAAUCGCUAUAAGGAGACCAUGGUCUUUCUCAAGCCCAAUAAGAAUCAAGAGAAUCAAGAGAAUGGCACUCUCAAUGAGAAUAUCAAAACCAUUUGCUGUUCCAUUAAUGAAUUGGGAGACUGCUCAGAGAAUGCAGCUCGUAAAAUUUGUGGCAAUGAGGCAGCAAAAUUCACACGAGAAUUAGUUGAUAAAUAUGCCAACAGUUUGACCAAGCUCUAUUGCGAGGACUUUACACGUCAUCCGGAAAGCUGUCGAGAUGGUGAGGGAGAUGGAGCCAUGACCUGGUCAUCAAGUAGUCUGGGCCUAAUUUUAACAGCAUUGCUAUUGAAUCUGCUGGUCAGAUAGACGCACAUAGAAAAACAAGUUAAGUUUACUUAAAAAAACAAAUAGAAACACCAAUGAAAUUCUACACAAUAGUUAAGGUUUCCAGAAAAACAAAAAUACAACUGCAACACACUCACACACACACUCACAUAAAAAAAGAUUAAUUGCAAUCACAACACAAAUUCUCUAUACGAGCGAGCAGAAAAGAACAUAAAAUACAAAAGCUUAGUAUACGUUGCAUACAUUUGGGGGCAUUCAAUAUGAAAAUAGUCAAAAGUGAGAGAGAGAUUCAGUUAAUGGCGGCAAAUGCAAAGGCCUAACAACUAUAUAAAGUAAAGUAAAUGAUAAGUAUGUUAAUUAUUGUCAAGCUGUAUACCAUAGGUAAGGAUGAUCGUACAGAUAUAUUAUAUAUAUAUGAUAUAUAUGUUAAAAGUGUCUAGUUAGUGUCUAGUUAUGUUGGUGUAGUAAUCCCGCAAAUACAAAAGAGAGAGAACCAAAAGUUGUCGGUUUACCAUUACUUUCCAGAAUUGUGUGCAAUAUUAAAUAUAUUAGUUGAGUUUGUCUAGGCUUUAAAAUAUAUACACA